UUGCUUGCAAUUGCAACUCACAACGAACUUACGCACUAAAACCACGCUCGUUACGAAUUCACGACAACAGCGACAUCUAAAGAGUCCUCCAACACUUACUCGGUCGCUGGACGAUCCACAAGCCUCACGCGAACGCAUUCAGCACCCGCCUGCGACAUUUACAGAGCCUUCUGCCCGCGAUGCGGCCUUCUACCCUCCUCCCAUUGACCGCUCUCUUCGCAACGACAGCACUUGCAGAUGUCAAGUUCUCGAAGCCAGCGGCUGGGGCGACUCUCUCCGCCGGCACGAUAUCGAUAGAGUGGGAUGAUUCUGGGGAUACGCCGAAGCUCAGCGACCUGACUUCAUAUCAAAUACAAUUGAUGCAAGGCGGAAAUGACGAUUCGAGCUCGGUCGCUCUGGCAGUGCUGUCCGCUAAGGGUGCACAUUCUGCUGGAAUGUCAGCCCAGGGUACUGUCGACCCUGCCGUCUCGGGGAACGUUAAGAAUAGCUUCUACCUGAAGAUGACAUCGGUGGCCAAAGAGGGAGGACAAGUGAUCAAUUUCUCGGAUCGGUUCAGCAUAACAGGCUUGACCGGUACCGCACCAGCGAGCGUGGCGACGGCCAUGAAGUCAGUGACAGGAACAGCUGGUCCAGCUACGAUUGACCAAGUAUCAAACAACGCAGGAGCUGCCGUGGGAGCAGAUGGCGGCAGUUUUGAUGUGCCUUACGCGGAUCAGUCUGGAGCCACCAAGUACGCGCCGAUGCAAGGCAUUCCUCCGACGAAGAUAUCGGCCAAGAACUUCAAGCCGUUGCAUCCCACCAGCGGCUACACGAUAGCUACGACUUUCCUGCCGAAUGCGAAGGUCCAGACCACUAUCACUCAAAGCCAGACGUUCCAUGUGAGCAGCAUGGAGAACACUGCCGCGCCGCAAGCAGGACCGACGGACGACAUGCAGAAAUUUCUCAAUCGGUGGAAGGACUAGAAGACGCCGCGCGAGUACUUUUUCUUUUUGCAUACUGUGAACAGAGUUGCAUACAUCGCGGCCAGCAGCAUCUCCUGUCAUCUGCAUUGCCUCCAUGCGCGGAGUUUUCGCGAAAUUUCUCUUUUAUCGCAAGUUUUGGAUGACAGAUCAGAGGAAUGAAUUGUAGCAUAGCGUGUGAGGGGUAAGGCAUACAGGGGCGUUUGCCGUUACAGCAUCAUGAAGCGUCCAGUGCGGACGUGAGGAAAGUUCACCAGAUUUUAUGAGAGAAUGAAAGCAAAAGCUCGCAAC